AUGAACAAUCCCUAAGAUUAAUUAAGAAAGGCUUUGAAACGUUACAACAAUAAUGAUAAGCCUAAUAAUAAUCGCAAUUGUAGAUCUUAAUAACUUUAAAUGCCUUAAGUUCCUAAGGGAAUGCUGAGUAUGAAUAGCGCAUAAAAAUCUGAACGAAAUGCUAAAUUAAGCGAUACAGGUAGCUAGCAAUUAUAAUUUAGAUACCACCGAUGUGACUCAUUAUAACCUCAAUUUCUCAUAACCAAUUCAAUCCUCAUAUUAAGUAGAACAUCUAGACUUGAGUUUCUUUAAAAUUUAACCUUGUAAGAUCCCGGGCAGUCAUAGUCACAAACAUUGUCCCUUCUACCAUAAUGCUAAAGAUAGAAAAAGGUAUAACCAUGAUAAAAAUUAGAAAUAAUACGUAAUAUUCAGCAGAGUUAUGUGCAUAUGUUGAAAGCAAUUAAUAGUGUCCAUACGGGGAUAAUUGCAAUAAGGCACAUAAUAGAGUAGAAUAACUUUAUAGACCAGACAAUUACAAAACUAAAUUCUGCUCAUACUAUCCAAAUAACAUCUCUUAAUGUGAUUAUGGAAAAUUUUGUUCAUUUGCACAUUCAGAAGCAGAUAUAGUAAUCGAAUUGAUUCAUAAUUUGGAAUAUGAUGAUGAUUUCUUUAUGUUUUAUUAUAAGAGUGUGUGGUGUCCUUUCAACCUUACCCAACAUGAUAAAGCUUUGUGUGUUUAUGCUCAUAAUUGGUAAGAUUUUAGAAGAAAACCAUAAAUUUAUCAAUAUCAUCCAGUUCCUUGUCCGAGUUGGAACACUGCAGAAUAUAUCUUGGAGUAUUAUAGUGGAUGCUAGGAAGGUUUCAAUUGUGGGAAAUGUCAUGGUUGGAAGGAACUUGAAUAUCAUCCCAUGCUGUUUAGAACUAAACUAUGUAUAAAUUAACAAUGUUCAAAGACUGAUUGUUCAUUCUAUCAUAAUAAUUAAGAAAAACGGUAAUUGAAUAGAUUAUGGUAGAUGUAUUGAUUAAUUGUCUCAAUUCAGAGUAUUUAAAAUAGUUCCCAGAAACAGAAUUGUGUAGAACAUUUUCAAAGUUCGAGAUAAGAGCCUACUAAAUUCUCAAAGGAAUGCGAGUAACAAAUCAUAAGACCUGACCUUGAGUUAUUAGAAACACUGCAGCACGAGUGAUCAACAAUGGCUUGGACACAAUUUACAAAACAGUUUUCAAUAUGACCAAGAUUUGGACGAAGGCAAAUAGAACAGUAAGGGAUAACAUUACCAAACUACCUUGAUUUCCAUUUAAGAAAGAACGGGUAUACAUAUUUUAUUAGAACAUUAAGAUUCCGAUGAGUUAAAGGAUUUAAAAGACUUAAUGAGGAAGAAAUCAAAUUCAGUUGUUGAAGACAAAUAAAAUAAUGAUGAUAAUGAACAUGUUCGUACAGUUUUGAAAAUGAUUGACAUGGACCAGUGA